AUGAUUAGUAGCAACCAAAGUCGUCGAGACUCAUUGCAACAGCGCAACCUUCUGCUUAGCAUGCGCUUGAGCCAGGGCCCUGGAAGGAGAAGCUUGAAUUCGACCUCGCGACAGAACAGCGGAAAAUCGCUAGCAACAAAAAAGGGGAGGGUAUCGUUCUCACAAGCGCAUUAUGGCGACGAAAGUCGCCGAGAGAUAGCUUCCCCGUCAAGAAUCACAGGAAAUCAUACAGAUAACCUACAAACUAGCAUCAUUCCACCAAGAGGUGAAACCUCUAAAAAUGGAGACGAUGGUUUGCCGACGGGCCUACUGCGGAAGACCUUCAAUCCUAAAGCUUUUCCAAAAUCUCCCGUAGAAUACAUGUGCCUGUCUUUGGACGACUUUGACAUCGGGAAAAAGCUCGGGAAAGGAAAGUUUGGCAAAGUGUACUGCGUCAGACAUCGACAAACAGGGUUUAUAUGUGCUCUCAAGGCUAUGAACAAGAAAGAAAUUAUGCAAUAUAGUGUCCAAAAGCAAUUUAGGCGAGAAGUGGAAAUUCAAUCCUCUCUGAAACACCCAAAUUUGACCCAGUUGUAUGGGUAUUUCCAUGAUGACAAGCGCGUUUACCUUCUGAUGGAAUACCUCAUCAAUGGGGAACUUUACAAGCAUCUCAGAGCUAACGGUCCUUUCAACGACAUCAUUGCAUCAAGCUACGUAUAUCAAAUGGCGGAUGCUCUAGACUACAUGCAUGAUCGCAACAUCAUCCACAGAGACAUCAAGCCCGAAAACAUAUUGCUAGGUUUCCAAAACACUAUAAAGCUAACUGAUUUUGGUUGGAGCGUUUCAAACUCAACGGGAUCGAAAAGAAAGACGUUGUGCGGAACUAUAGACUACCUUUCCCCAGAACUCAUUAAAUCAAAAGAAUACGACGACAAAAUUGACGUUUGGGCUCUGGGCGUGUUAGCCUACGAGCUUCUGGUUGGAUACCCGCCAUUUGAAGAAAACUCCAAGGAACUUACUUAUAAGCGGAUUUUAAAAAGAGACCUGAAAUUCCCAGAUCACAUCUCUCCUCAGGCACGCGACUUGAUAAGCAGGCUUCUCGAGCACGAUCCGCAGUUGAGAAUAGAUCUCAAGGAAGCCAAAACGCAUCCUUGGAUCGAGAGGAAUAGGGAUUAUUGGUAA